AUGGGUCGGCUAACCCAAAACCAACCAUUCGAUGUUCAAGAUAGGCUAAUUCCGAAGGUGGGUAGUGGGGACAAGAUCUUAUUUUGGCAGGAUAAAUGGGUGGAAAACAGACCACUUCAUGAAAGAUUCCCCAACCUUUAUGUUCUGGAAAGCGAGAAAGGGUGUAAAGUUUCGGAUCGGUAUAAAGUCGGUCAGCACGGUAUCGAAUGGUUCUGGGGCAGUAACAAUGCAUUAACAAGUGAAGAUCUGUUAUGUGAAUGGGCCGAUUGCAUUUCAGCUGUGAAAGAAGUUAACAUUCAAGAGACAUCGGAUGUUUGGCUUUGGAAGACAGGUUCGGUGACAUCAGACUCUAUGGUAAAAACGAUUAGGGGAGAGCUGGACCAUAUCAACGUCUUAAAUGAAACGAAGGUUCUCAAAUGGCUUCAUUGGAUUCCAAAAAAGGUCAACUGUUUUCUUUGGCGGGUGGUUCUUGACAGGAUUGCUACUAAAGAAGCACUUCAAAUCCGAAGAAUCAACUUAUCUUCUCUGCAAUGUGUCCUCUGUAACAAUGAGGUGGAAUCAGUCAAUCAUCUCCUCAUGACCAGUGAAUCGGCUCAAUUGGUGUGGUCAUUAAUCUUUCAAUGGAUGAACAUUCCUCUUCCAGGUUACAUCUUGAGUGUGGUCCAACUAUUGGAAACCAUUGAUUCUCACAGUUGGCAAAAGAAAAUCAAAAGGGCGGUUUACGUGGUUGUGGCGGCUACUUGUUGGAAUCUACGGCUAAUGAGAAACGAAUGUAUCUUUAAGAAUAAAUCCCCUAAUAUUACAAAUUUGAUUGGAAACAUAAAGGCAAUAUCGUACACGUGGAUCAAAAAUCGUGCGGGGCUACAGGAGAUUAUAUGGGAGAAAUGGAGGAGCUUUAGUUUCUAG